AUGUCUGCGCCGAUCAAACGUAAAAUAACACUAGAACUCGCGAGCAAGAAGUCCACCUUGAUCAAGGAUCGUCCCAGCGUGUUCCAGCGACUUGGCACGAAGAAAAUUGGUCGUGCAGGAGGAUCAGCAGCACAACAGCAAUAUCACGCACAGGAAGCCGGUGAAAGCAAGGAAGAAAUUGUCAAACGUAUCGUAUCAGCUUCGGAAGAACCUGUUCCCGCGACAGCUUCCGUGACCGUUCCAGAAAGUGUAGCGGCACACGCUCGUCUUAUACAGGCACAGCUGGCAGCAAAAGCGCAGCUAAAAGCAAGCAAAACGAACCCAAACGUUCAGCAGCAGACAGGAGCAGCCCCGCAUAGUGCAGGACUUACCACGGCCGUGGAUAAGGAAGAGUUGGAGGAGGGUGCGUUGAAGCAGUACUACCAUCACGAAUCGACGCAUCAUCAUCAUCACCAUCACCACUAUCAAAAGUAUCAACAGUCAGAACAGAAGCCAGAACGACAUCGAGAGGUGCCCGAAAUAAGGCAGCGGCAACGUUCGCCGCUCAGCACCGACAGAAGGGUGCACAGUCUGAGUAGCGAUCGCAGCAGCACGGCUGCUGGUGCGAGUGGCUGGGAUCAAUCUUCUCUCGAGAAUGCUGAUCAGGCCAUUCUAGAGCGCAAGCGUAAGGAAUUACAGCACGAGUUGAAGCUAGAAAUGGACGCGAGCACGAACAAAAAGAAGGACAGCCGCAGUGAACUGAAUAAAAAGAUGAAGAAGCUAGUCGGUAGUUCACACCGUUCGCAGCAAAAGCUGUCGCAGCAGCAGCACUUGCACCAUCAACACUCUCUACAGCAGCAGACACAGCACGGCCACGGUGGACAUGGGAGCCACGGAGGUCAUGGACAUCAACAGCUAGCGCAGCAGCACACUUCCUCUAGCACCUCCGAAAGCUCCAACAGCAGCAGCGGCUCAGAAACUACCGAAUCGGACUCAUCGAGCUCGUCCAGUUCGUCCUCGCACAAUUCAAACCUACGCCGGAUGAAGAAGCGCCACGCAGUGGUGACCCGAGUCCGUCGUAAUGAUUCCAGCUCCAGUUCCGAACCAAUAACUACUUCCACCUCGAUCGGAACAGGCAGCAAACUAUCAAAACGGCACGCGAAAAAGUUGGCCGUUGCGGCAGCUGCACACGAACAGGCCGAACGUAGCAAGCGUUUAUUGGCGAAGGCAAGCAAAGGUAGCAGUGGUGCAGGAAGUACGAUGCUACUCACGAAAACUAUACGCGUAAAGAAAUGUUUAACUGGUAGCCCGGGCAGUGGUACGCAUCAUGUAUCGCGCAAGGUAUCUUCUCGCGAGCUGUCACCGACCAGUGCUAAAGUAUCGGCAACAAAGUACGCACUGAAGGCCAAGCUACUCGGUUCCGGUUCCUCAUCUUCGAAGAAAGAGAAAAUGUCAGCCAUCGAUGCACGGGAGCGUGUUCGAGAGAAGGAGCGCGAGCUGGCAAUACGAGAAAAAGAACGCGAACGCGAAAAGGAACGCUUGCGAUUGCGUGAACGAGAAAGGGAAAGAGAACGCGAACGGGAACGGGAGCGCUUGAAAAUGCGGCCAGUAUCACCGCGAAUGCGUUCCGGUGCUGCAUCUCCAGUUUCGUCGCGCGGCGGAGGCGUCGGCAGUAGUGUACCGAUGCGCGAGUUGCAGGGCAAAGGUAAGAAAAGUCCCGAGAGGCGCCUUUCGUCCCCAAUGUCGAACGUGGGUGCGGCUCGCUACAGGGAAAUGAUUCCGAUACGCCGUGAACGAACACCGGAACUAACGCGCGAGGAGCGUAGGCGACACGAGGUGAUGAAAGAGCGGGAAAGACGGGAACGUGCCGAUCGUGAACGAGAAGUAUUGCGUGAAAAGGAGCGUGAAGAGGUACUGGUCCGCUGUCAGGAGCGACAACGCGAACGUGACCGUGUGACGGGGAAGGAACAGCAUCAACAUCAACACAUACAACCGCAACCGCGCGGCUUACGGCGUGAUAAUGACGGUGGGCUAGAGAAACCGGACCGUCACCGACCAGUGGAGCGUUUAUUACCACGCCCAGCGGAACGUGCCCGCGCACUGGCAGCUGCACGAUCGCCCGGUAAGUCCGUCGAUCGUGAUCGAAGCCGAUCGCCAUGUUCACCCGGGGCGUCUCGCGGAUCGAGAGGUGCAAUGCGCGAACGGGAUCGCUCCUAUGAGCGUGCCUCAUAUCUGCACGAGAUGCACGAACGGCGCACGUUAAGUCGUUCGCGAGAGCGCGAAUAUGCGUCUAAUCUGGUCUCGCCACCAAUGCGAUCGGCUCGCCGUGAAUCUCCUCCAUCGCACUACGAGCGACACGCUGGGCUUGGACGAGGGGAAUCGUCCGUUGGUAGCGGUGGGGGUGGCCGCGUUGAGUAUCGCGUAGAUCGAAACGAAUUGGCCUAUGACGAGCGCAUGGCGAUGGGUGGCGGCGGAAGUCGGGGCGAACGAGCACAAGGCGGUGGACGGGAUGAAUACGUGCGAGACUAUCCGGAUGAUCCACCGCCCAGACGGGAACCACCGCCUCACCACGAUCGUGGUGGAUGGGAAUGUGAUCGUGUGGAGCGCAGCAGCCGUUACGAACAGCGCGUUGGUGAGAUGGGUGCAGGCGACCGGCGGGGUGAUUGGAGCGAUCGUGGAGAACAGCACGGACCAAUGGUGGACAUGGAUGGGACGUACCCGAGCGGUGGCGGUGGAGAACCACGCGGUUCCCGCGCAUGGGAUGAGCGACCUUCGUGGAAGGAGGGUCCUGGCGAUUCAUGGCAUGGUUCAGACAAACCAGACCGCAAUAUGGUACAUGCAGACUGGAAGUACAAGGAACGACAGUGGGAUCACGGAGACCACGGAGAGCGUGGUGGCAAUGGACCGCCAGGCCCACCACCUUCUCAUGGCGGAGGGCACGGAGGACACGGUGGUGGAGUGGGUGGUGGGCCACCUUCGCGACGUUCUUGGCAGCCACCGAACGGUGGUGGCAGUGUUGGUCCAUCCGGUGGUGCAGGUGGUCCAGGUGAUUGGCAUGUUCCAAAGGCAGGGCCUGGCGGAGAACACGAUCGAGACUUUAUGCACCAUCAACGGCCCGGUCCACCGAACGAACGCACCAUGUUCCGACGGCAUCAUCAUCAAGGACCGUACCACGGCCAUCCGCGCAAACCUCACAUUGGUGUCGGCGGUGGUGGAGGCGUGGGAGGACCAACGGGUCCACCAGGCGGUGGAGCUGGUGGUAAUAUGGGUCCGAAUGGUCCACACAAUUGGUAUAUUCCGAACAAAUACACCAUGAAUCGCACCCAGGCGAAUCUUGCCGAACGUCAGGCUGGCCAUGGAAUGGUUCCGAACCAAUCUCCUAACCAGCAUGGCCAUACGCACCGACAGACGCCACCGGUAGGCGGUGGUCCGUCAAUGCAACCGCCCCACCAUGGACCUUCGGGAGGAGGGCCACUAUCCGGUGCGAAUCAACCUUCCAGUUCCAUAGCACCGAUGGGACAACAGCAGCCACAACAUCAGCACCACAGCAUACAUCUCAUGCAGAACCAGAGACAGCCAGGUGGAGGACCAGAGCCUCACGCACAUGGCGAGCAGCACCAACCGCAACAACAGCUGGUGCAGCAACAGCAACAACAGCAGCACCAUCACCCCCAUCACCAUAUGCAUCAUCAGCAGCAGCAGCAGCAGCAACAACAGCAGCAGCAACACGCAGCAGCAGGAGCGGUGUCACUUCAACAACCACAGCUAGGUUUAUCCCAUCGACCACCCGGUCCGAAUUACGAACCAGAACCGAAACAUGUAGCUACACCGGUUGAAACGACCGUUCCACGGUGCACGGUUCUGGAUGAGCCGGCCAGUCCAGCACCGGAGGAUGCCGGAAAGGCGGCACAAAUCACACCGUCCGGAGCACUACCAAUUGCUUCAAACGAAUCGUCCUCACCGCAAGACGCUACAUGCGGUGUGGCUGGUGUGGUAGGAAGUGCACCGACGGUAAGUACUACACCUGCAUCCCCAACAGCAGAAGAAACCGGUACCGGCGAUGCGGCAGAUACGAUACCCUCCCAAUCACUUGACACGAUGGAGGUGGACGUCUUGAGCGAAAUCAGCGACGACCCGGACGACAUUCUGACGCGUGAAGAGGACAUGAGCGCUAAUCAGUUAUGCGACUCUAUAUCAACCGAUCGCAGCGGCAGCAGUCAGCAGGUAGAUCUGAUUGGUCAUGAGGCAGAGUCCGAGCAAGGUGGUGAAGCGGUAAAAAGCCAUCUUCCGGCUGCCAUCACAUCUGUUACUGCAUCUGUGGUUCUACCCGUCGCCGAAACGGGACAUAAUGAAACUGACCCGACAACAGCAGGCCAGUUCUUGUCUGGUACUGAUAAUAAAAUGACACCGAAAGCCGGUACUACCUCCGAACCGGAGCAGCUGACAAAGAACGUGGGAAAGCUCAAUGCGAACAAAGAACUGAAGGAAGAGAUGGAUCUCGAUUUUGAAGAAAUUUCGGACGGUGAGCUUGAAGCGGAAGAAAGUAGUCGUUGCCGAGGACUGGGCGAUCCACUUGGGGUCGAUUGGGGCAGUCUGACGCAGGAGGCGUUACGCCCUCUAAAGCCGACCACACCGCUCGAGCAACAAUUUCCCGUUUCGGCCCGUAACCGUUGGAAGGCACACCAUAUCCUGCUGGAUAUGGGUAUUUCCGUACGGCUGGCUGGAGCAAAUUAUGCUCAGCGUGUCCUGACAGAGUCUAAGGAUAAGCUUCGCGAGGAGCUAGAAGAGUUUCGUGCUGCCUCCGCUGCGGUCAGGAUGAAAACGAACAAGGAGAAACAAAUAAACGAGGACGGUACGGGCAUCAACGACGCAUGCCUUUCAACGACAGGCGAGACGGCUGAGAUCAAAACAGAAACGCCCGAGGAAGAGCAAAACAUCCGGACGACCGAUUUGAACGGUCCGGAAUUGCAGAUGGGACAGAAACCGAACGAACCGGAACCAUCCAGUUCAACCGUAAGCAGUAUCGAGCGCGAGAUAGAGGAUGUUGAUCGCAUCCUGCACCCAAUAGCGGCCGUGCACGUAGCACUGCGAGAACACGCUCGCCUGCGAAAGAAUCUAAUUUUGGCCACCGAACCCAUCCCCGGACAGCGUCAUCAAUGUGGACGGGCGCUGAGCGCACGGAAGGAUCUGCAGAUCCGUCGACAGCUCUGUGGCUUUCCACCUGCCACACUGGCAACGAUGACUUCUUGUGCAGCCGGGGCUGCUGCCGGCUACCUGCAUCAAGAGCUACAUGCGGACGCCCCGCUCGGAGGCGGUGGCGGAACUGCGUCAUCAACCUUGCACGAGCAGAUCGUACAAAUGUACCGGCAGAUGGUGGCACAGCAAGAGCAACUACAGGCGCAAGGUAUCUGUACAAGCUUGGCAGCGGUCUGAGAAUGUCUACCGCGACCGUUUUCGGUCGCCGGGGCAGGCGGUGCCCGGUACGACGCAAUUCCUGGAAAUGUUGUGCUACGGGGACAGGAACAACGUUCGGGUCACUGUUGGCGUCAUCGAAACUAUGGUCCCCGAUUAAUGAGCGUCGCUGAUGUAUCAGCAUUACUGCGCAAUGCGGGUCGUCCGUAGAUAUUUAGAUUAAUUCAUAUUUUAAAAAUAAAAGCAAACGAUAAGUGAAAAUCAACAUACAACAUAUAGUUAAGCUUGAAUGUUUCUUAAAAUAUGCGAAAUACAAAGAAACAAAUGUGGAUGCAUUAAAAGAGGAAGAUGUAUAACGCACAGAUAUAGGCUAGUUGUAUGAAAGAUUCUAAAAAAAUCAGUUAGUGAAAUAUUCAACCGUCGUUAUAUUAACCUUAAUUUUCAUUCAUUUGAGGUUAUUAUUCCCAGUAACUUAUACUGGAUUCUGAUUAGAAUGCAACAGAAAGUUUGAUUUAAGAAGAAAGGGUAAAAGUUAACAUAUUACUCAGCUUUUCGCGUUUAACAACUUUAACGGCUCUCCAAAAAGAUUUGAGAAGAAGCGUAAUCUGGAAGAUUACAUUACAAAAGUGAACCCCGACAACCUGUAGCAUUAGGAAAAUGGUUUAACACUACCAGGUGGGUUCUAUGAACAUGCAAAAAAGCAUGCUUAUGUAUAAGUCGGUUAAUAAGUAACAAGUACGAAGAUGCAAGGAAUGCAAUAAAGUAGAACUCGAUAGU